AUGGCUUCCAUACCACCUGGUCCGCUGAAGGUGCCGCAGAUGCAGCCGCUGCAAGGCAUCCAGCCGGUCCGCCUCAACGUCUCCGUCGCGCAGUCACCCACCACCAGCACUGCAGGAGCGUAUUGAUUGGAUUUUGAUUAUACUUGUUUCUUGAUACGACCUAUUGUUCACGAUCUUACUUCCCGCACGGCGAGCGGUGUAACAAAGCUCUUUCCUGCACAGUACUAACUAGUCUGGAUGUUUUGGUGUCGUGCAGCUGGUCCUCACGAUAGAACGAUUUAUCUUGCGGUUGUCAUCAAAGCAAGUAGUUCCGGCAAGAUUUUGUUUUGAUUUUGUUUUUACGUACAACUUUUAUCCUGUUGUUCCAAAAUUUGUUCAUCGCAAAAUCAAUCUAUCGUAAAAUAACUACACAACAAAACUACAGCCCCGUUUCGUCCCAGGCCAAUUCCCAGGCCGGCAACAACAGCGGAAAUCCUGCGGCCCCCGGACAGCAGGUCUCGAUUCCCCAGCGAUUCCAGGCCAAUGACCGACUGGCAAACCAGUGGGAGCGCGCGACGACCGUUUGCACCUCGAUUGACGGAAUGUUGGCCACGUUGGCCGAGCUGUUAUGCAUUGUAAAUAUGUCUGGGUCUGGGAGAUUGUGAGAUUUGUCAUGCUAGUUCGGCAUGACUCUGAACUCUGUAUUGCGUGGCCGCGAGGUAGAGCUCCUCCUGUCUGUCAUGCAAAAACGCAGCCUCUCAUUCGGAGUACGCAACUCAGAGGCACGGAAAAACUUGUCAUGCUGGGCAGCGCAUUGCAGUGCGCUGACUUCUAUUCCCUUUCUUGCAUCACAACAUUUUAUUUCCCGACCCCGACAUAUUUGUAGUGCAUAGUUGUACGAGGUAAACAACUUCUGGAAGGAAAAGUACAUCUCGACGAAAAAGGAAAAUUUUUCCAAUAUCCUGAGUAAAAACGUCCCCACUCCAUAGUUGUCAUGCCAAUCUGCAUGCCAAAAAAAUUUCUCAUGCGGAGCCCCACGAGAAGCAUUUUCUAGUCGUGUUUUGGAAUUUGUGAUGCUAUAAUCAGCAUGAUGUGGUAGAUCUGUGAUGCUGCUACACUACCUGAAUAGGAUUACAAUACGAAGCCAACUUUGUCAUGCGAAACAACCAAAGCUGGCUGAUUUGUCUAGCGCAUUCCCCAUGUUCACUCUGGUGUGGGGACGUUUUUACAUAGGAUAUCCAAGUACAUGACCACGAGUUCGGGCGGGCUGAAGUCCGCCGUCUUCGCCAGCUGGAAGGGAUACACAUUCGAGACCUUUAGCGACAGGAAGUUGGAGGGGUAUAAUAAGAUUAUUUUCAUAAACAUCUUGUUGUUUCUACUUUGAUAUCGAUAUCUCAUCUGUCUUCAAUUUCACCUUUUUUCCAUGCUGCGCGGGGCUCCUUCUGCAAGAGGAACUACUUCUAAUAGUCGACUUUUAUAUACUUCCGUGAAGAUGAUGAUCUUCAUCUUCAUGCGCAUUUCCAAUUUUACAAAAAACCCACUAUAACAGCAAGCAAGAGGACAUCGACCAACUGCACCGAGACUGCCAAGCGCUGAUGGACCGGCGGGAAGAGGCUUUGCAGAAGAAGUUAGAGGCCAUGGAGAAGUAUGAAAGUGCACGACUCCCCCUCCCCCUCAUUUGUAUUGCAUGAACAGCAAUACAAGCAUCAACAAGAUUACCGGUUUUGCAUGACAAAUUUGGACACGAUUGUAGUGCUAUUUGGACUGCUAGAACUACUUGUCAUGCAAACAGUGCCAAGAGCCAAGGCGUAAAUUAGGCAUUUUGCAUGACAAAUGAGGGGGAGGCGGAGUUGUGCACUUUCAUAAGAAGCGACACGAAGCCAGUUUAAGCGAGAUGGGCAGCGUGAUCGAGAAACAGAACCAUAUCAAAAUGAAAAAUCCCCCCUCCCCAUAUCGAGCCGUAAACCUCUGUUGCUGGAUUUGUGUACACAAAUCAGCUCUGUCUUGCAGUGGAGGACUGCAGGCCCAUACCAUGCCAAUGUAGAGAGGUUCUGGCCUCGGCAAGUAGCAUGAGGGAUGUCUAUCUAUGCGGUAGGUCCAACAGCAUUACAAAGCGCUUGCAUAAUGGGGCGGAGCAUAUGCCGUUGCUUUCUUGCAAGACAGACACGAUUUGCGGUCACAAAUCAGCAUCGCGAAUUCUCUGAGGCGUGCCUUUUCGAUAUGGGGAGGGGGGAUUUUUCUUUACGAUAAGCCACCAGAUCUCAACACUCCAGUUCGAAAUUUCCGACAUCAUCGCGAAAACCGACACCAGCAAGGGCGUCAUGAAAACCGUGCGACAGGCUAUUAUGGGUAUAGAUACGAUCAAAUAAAACUUGUUUAACACGAUGGAUAUGAUAGUUGUUGCAUGAGCAUGACAAAUUCCCUGAGCUGCACGAGAAAUGGCAUUUGUAAUGCGGAUCAUGUGCCUCUAGCUCUACUAGGGUGGGAUUUGUAAUGCGUAAGUGGAUUUACAAAAAUCUUCAGGUGUUGCCGAGUCCGACUACAAGGUGCACGACCCCGAUGAGCCUGAGAUCGAUGCGCAUCCGCACGCAAACAACUUCGAAUUUGCGAAGCAAACCAUGCAUGACAUCUUGAACGAAGUGGACCCGAAGUACGUUCCCCCAGUCGGUUCCCUCUGCGUGGGCCCGCCGCCGGCCCCGGUGGGCAGCCCGUUGCUCCGAAAAACCCUGGGCGACUACAACUCCGGAGCGUACAGUGGAGAUUUCCUCGGAACCUCCAGCCGGAUCGGCGCGUCUAUGGAGGGCUAAAACUGUUAUAUUAAGAAUACGGUCUACUACUACUUUUGAUGAUCCAUUUUAGAACAUGACUAUUUCUAUCGCGGCGUAGAAGUAAAGAUGUUGAGACAUCAGCUUCAGCAGAUGAAGUGCAACCGCGAAUAAGAUCAUCGACAAACUCAGUAGCCCCUUACUGGCCGUGUUUCGUGAUAAUUCAGACAAAAUAUCCACGACAUCAAGGCUCGUUCUUUAUUCCGUAGAUAAAAAUUUGACACUCCAGUUUGUAUUCAGUUUCAGUUUCUUUAUCGUUUUUAUCCAAAUUCUACUAUUUCAAACUACUCGUUUUUUAAUCCUAUGUACAUCUCAAGUUGGUAAAAUGAACGCAAAUUUCUUUACUAAAAUUAUCCUACACAGAGUAACAAACUCCUUUUUUUUUCUUCCAUUGUUGCAUAAGAGUCAAUACUUCUUCACACAAAAUGUACAUUUUUUCUUUUCGAGAUUCUGAUUCAUAUCUUGUUACACUAACGCGUGCUAGUAUUUCUAGUACACAACUUGCCUACGCGGUUAUUAAAAUAUUAAGUAGUAUUAGUCUCUUGCAGCUCCCCUGCUUGAUGACGACCCAACACGAUCGCGAAUGACUGUCCUCACGACCGCAAGUAGAGUAUAAUCCUUAUCCAAACUGAAAUCCACCACGCACCACCCACAAAGACGAGGAUCCCAGGAAGUAAGAGUUUUUUAUCAAAUUGUCCUAAGACUUUCGUGACACGACGUUUCCGAACCAACUCCUACCGCGGUUGUAACCCGAUCGCCGAGUAGUAUCGCAGCUUCUCUUUGGGUGGCACAUGUUGUAUCGAGGAGGAGGAGGAAGGGAAUGCAAUUAGAAGUUGAAGUUCUACUACUACUUCUGUAGCUACUAGUUGCACGGGCUAUCGCUGCGGCUCCUCGUACUCAAAAACGUACUCAUAGAAAUUGAAAUUCGUGUCAAAUACAUAAGAAUUAUUCGCGGCAGGACGAGAUUUAUUGUAUCCCAAAUUUGGAAAAAAUAUUCGACGACAUCGACACGCGAAACACGAGGACAACUUGUGACAACCAUAUAUCUACUCCCUGCUCCCACAUUG